GGAGGGAGGGUGAGUUGGAGGGAGACCCGGCCCCCAAGGGGCGGGCGCCGGGGUGGGCCCCGCUAGCGGCCGAGGGUUGGGCCCCGGCUCCCAGGAGCUCACCGGCCGCCGGCUGACAGGGGGAGGAGCCGGCUGGGAGGGCGGGGGUCGCGCCGGAGUCCCGGACUUGGCGAGCGGGGCCAGGAGUCUAGCGCAGGCCGGACGCGCUGCGGCCAAGCCCCGGGAGGGCCGCUAGGGGCCAGCGUCCGCUGUCUCCUCCGCACUGACCGGGCCGGGGUGGGGCGGGGGUCUUCGCAGGCCGCCAGUGUCGACAUGCUGCUGGAGGAGGUCCGCGCCGGCGACCGGCUGAGCGGGGCUGCGGCCCGGGGCGACGUGCAGGAGGUGCGCCGCCUUCUGCACCGCGAGCUGGUGCACCCCGACGCCCUGAACCGCUUCGGCAAGACCGCGCUGCAGGUCAUGAUGUUUGGCAGCACCACCAUCGCCGUGGAGCUGCUGAAGCAAGGUGCCAGCCCCAAUGUCCAGGACAUCUCUGGUACCAGUCCAGUCCAUGACGCAGCCCGUACUGGAUUCCUGGACACCCUGAAGGUCCUAGUGGAGCAUGGCGCCGAUGUCAACGCACCUGACGGCACUGGGGCACUCCCCAUCCAUCUGGCGGUGCAGGAGGGCCACACUGAUGUGGUCGGCUUUCUGGCAGCUGAAUCCGAUCUCCAGCACAGGGACGCCAGGGGGCUCACACCCCUGGAGCUGGCACGGCAGAGGGGGGCUCAGGACCUCAUGGACAUCCUGCAGGGGCACAUGGUGGCCCCACUGUGACCUGGGGCCACCCUUUCCAGCAAGAGAACCCUGCUGGGUUAAAAAUCAGAAGAGGAGAGAAGAAACACUUUCUCUUCUCAUUCUUCCUCCAGGCGGGGGAGGAGCACCAGUUUGUGGCUUUAUUGGUGUUGAUUUCUGGGGUGCGUGUGUUUGGGGGACGUUUCUCGUUUGUUUUUCUCACCCCUUUUGGUGUGUUGGACAGAGAAGGGCUCCUGCAGGCAACAGCUACCUAAACGGUUCAGUUUCCUCUGCGCCCCAGCCUGCUGGGGCCACAAACAAGACCCAUGGGCAGAGCUUUUAAAGCCUUAGCCCCAUAUUAAGGUCAUUGUCUCCAGGGCUCCUGGAACCUAGCGACCUGGGGCUGUGCUCAGAGUGACCUGAAGUGUGCCCACUGCUUCGGGCAUGGGGGUGGGGGGAAUGGUUCCAAAUCCAUAAGAGGGUAGCAUGAGUUCAUUCAUAUUUUGUUGGAAGCUUUUUUUCCAGUCUCUUGUACAGCGUUUUAAAAGAAAUAGAUUCUAUUUAUUAUGCUUUAUGGAAAAGUUGUUGCGUGUGAUAAUUUAAUGUUUUUUACCCAUUAAAUUAAGACUUGUGCCUGAUCA